GCGAUGCUCAUUGUCGGUUCAGAAUCGCUUAAGUGUCUUAUCUCUCGGCUGAUAAUAUUCACAACGGCCAUUCAUACGUGGGCAUAAAGAAGUCGUCGAAUAAAUAUAUUAUCACGGUUAUUUAAUUAACAAAUUAAACGUUCAACGACAGUCUUCGACGUUAUUGUCGAAGCAAUUCUUCGACGAAAUUAGAUAGAACGCAGGCGCAUGUUGUGUCACCGGUGUCCAGUUCAGUGUUAAUCGUUAUUCUUUGGUUAUUCGGUGUUAAAAGUGUUAUUUGUGAAAGUAACCAUCAAAGGAUAACGAUACGUGACGGAAAAAGAAGUGGAGCGUAUAAAACAAGAUAUUAUUCCACGCUCCCCAAAAUGGCGGGGCCACUUCUGCUGAUAGCCAUACUCGCUACAUCAACGUUCGCUUAUAACGGCGAAUUAGUGGAACAGGAAUGUCCCGUGGACUGUCACUGUCAUUAUUUUCGCAUCAACUGGGUGACCGACUGCUCCGAAAGCAAUUUGACGAGCAUCCCUUACGAGGAUCUCAGCUCUAACGUCUACGUCCUAGAUAUGAAUGGUAACAACAUCGCACAGAUCGAUCCGUUUCCACACGCGAUCAAGAUAAGGCGUCUCCAGAUGGCGCAUAAUCAAUUGACCGAGCUCAAGUAUGAAUCGUUCGCUGGAUUAACUUACCUACUGGAAGCGGAUUUCUCGUCGAACGCGAUCACUCAUGUCGAUCCCGAAGCGUUCAGGGACAAUCCCGGCUUGAUUACGCUGGAACUUCAGAACAACCCCUUGGAAGAGGUCCAUGGUCCCUUCCUAAAAUGUCGAACGCUGCUCUAUCUCGACCUAAACACGUGCGGCAUCAAACGUCUCAACACACAGUUUUUCCACAACACGACAAACCUGAAUAAGCUCGACUUGUCUCACAAUCCGCUUGGAACCAUAGAACCAGGCCCGUUCGACCAUCUGACCAAUUUGGAGUAUCUGAAAUUAAACGAUUGCAACCUGACCUAUGUUUCGCCAGACGCGUUCAGCCAGCUGGAGAACCUUCGCGAGCUCGAGAUGGCGGAGAACGAUUUGCGUAUGUUGUCCUGGACAAGCGUGCUGGCUCCGUUGGUACGACUGGAGCACCUGGACAUCAGGAAGACCGGCAUCACGAACCUGCCGGGCGACGCUUUCGCGAAAAAUUUGUAUCUACGGCAACUGGUGCUGGCGGACAACGAGUUGUGGCAUUUGGACGUUGGCAACACCCUAGGUCACAAUCUGCAUAACCUCCAAUCUCUGGACUUGUCGAAUUGCAACUUGCAAGAUCGUCUGUCGGAGGAGGCAUUCAGAAACGCCAGCAAAUUGCGCGUGUUAAACCUGAACGGCAAUCCAAUGUUCGCCGCCGACCUUUCCGCGGUGCUGCGCCAUCUACCAAAGCUCCAUAAGCUCUCCUUGAACAACUGCAGCCUGCGACGACUGCCGGACGCGUUCCACGUUUUCGAGCAUCUGGAGGAACUGGACAUCUCGCACAAUCCAUUGUCGAACGCGUUCGUCAGCCUUCUGAACCCGUUGGAAUCCUUGGAAUACCUCGACAUGUCCUACUGCAACCUUGGCCACGUCAGGAACAACACGUUCGCCCACAUGACUUCCUUGAAAAGAUUAAUAUUGUCUGGAAACGCGUUGCACACCCUGGAGGAAGGCUUGUUCGCUAACCUGACGCGCUUGGAGAGUCUGGAGCUGAACAACUGCGACCUCAAGACCCCCAUCGACCCGAAGGUGUUCGGCGAUCGUGCCAGCACCGACAUAGUCGAGCUGAAAUUGAGCGGCAAUCCGCUGGAAGUACCCGAUGACGGGUCUCUUCUUCCAGAACAAUUGUCCAACCUCGAGAUGCUCGAUCUCAGCAACUGCAACUUGUUGCACCUCAACGAGAAUCUGUUCGCGAACACGAGGAACCUCACGCAGUUGAACCUGUCGCGUAACAACAUCUCCGGCACGGAGAAUCUGGUCUGUUUGAAGAUGCUGCGCGGCUUGGAGCACGUAGAUCUCAGCAACAACAACCUGACCACGAUCAACCCGAAGGUGUUCAAUAGGAACCCGCGUCUGUUGUCGGUGAAUCUGCUAGGCAAUCCUUUCACCUGCAACUGCUCGAUCGCGGACAUGUGGGACUGGGCGGUGCACUUCAAGAACGAUCUCCACGUGUUGGUCGGCAGCCAGCCAGCCAACUUCGAAACCGGGGCUGCGAAACUGAGACGGGCGCUGAGCUGCACCUACGACGAGGAGACCUAUCGCAACUUCCUGGAACAGAUACAAGCUAGCGGCGACCAGCGCAGACUUAGAAAAGGUGACCUGGCUCCCACCCGUACCUGGGCGAAGUACGUACGCGAGUCCCAAUGCGGUCACACUUCAUGAUAUUUGUACAACACCCAGCAUCCCUUGAUGUCCGUUUACCGCCACAGGAUACGCAAACACCGGACCGAGCUCUAAUCGUGUCUUGUCGAUAAUGCGCAGGGACGACGUGCUCGCUGCAUUAUUCGUUAUUUAUUAACCCUCUACUGGCAUACCCCGUUUUUUGUUUCAGUGACAUUUAACUACUAUAGGUUCAGUCGUUUAGCUUGAGUAUUAAUUAAUUUAUGACCGUGUAAAUAAAUAGGAAACAGUUUCGUUUUUGGAAAUAUGAAGUACGGUUCGCGCAAUAGAGGGUUAAGAUCGCCGGGGAAUCCAAGAUCGUCCUUUACUUCCAUCGCGUACGAGUUUAUUUUUGUAGGCGUAGGAUUAAGAUCCAUUAAUUAAUAAUUGCGCGCGUGACGUCAGGAUGUUGAAAUAUUUUGUACGACGGUGGGAACGAAACAUGGAAAUUUGAUUAAUACUGCAAGGUGCUGGAAUUUUAAUACGUCUUAAGGCCAACGGAUAUGCUUCCUUGUUCUAGCCAACGUUCUAACCUAAGAGCCACUUUCUUAGCGUUUGUAUAUGAGAAGACGCGGUACUACGCCAACGGCUUCUAGCUGUGAUAUCGAAACGAAGUAGUAGUACGUCGUCUGCCGUUAAGGCUAUAAUAGACCGUUCGAAAUUGACUUAAGUAAAUCGUUAUAUUUGUUCCUCCGACUAUAUGCUGUACGAGCAUGUAUUGUGUGUAAUUUAAGAUGUAAUAUCUGCGGCGUAUGUUGCUAUGAAGUCUGUUUUAAUCACGGGAUCGUCGUUGCGAAAUCAGGUCGUCGAGCAAAGACAGUUUCGAGCGAUCAUUUUUAUUUGGGAACGUUGACUCCCUUUCUCUGGCACGAAAGGAAUAGCAUCGAAGUAUCGUUACGUGAAACGCGAGCGUUCAAAUAUCAAACAAGGACACUGGCCGCCUACCGCUUGAUAAAUACAUUGGAACGUUAUAAACGAUGCGUAAUUUUUUAUUCGUUAUUGAGACGAAUAGAUCAUAAUUACAAAUUAUCCUUUGUAAUCAAUCAGUCGAGUUUCAACUCGUGACGCCAUACUGUUUUGCCAUGUUUAACGUGGAAAUUAAUAAUUCGAAGCAGGGUCAAGAUUCUUUGUUCCGACGUGACACCUUAAGUCGUAUUUCGAAUUAGCCUUGCUGAGCAGGCAAAAUUAGCACCCUCACGUGUCUCGAAGUGCGCUCGUUAGAACUUGUUGGACGUUGAAAUGUAAUCGAAUCUGCAAACGGAGAAAUUCCCGAUCGUAAUUAUCGAAUGGUAGAACAAGGCUACAUCGUAGAUAGAGUUUGGGUGACGGUGUCUCUCAGGGCAUCAGAGUAUCGAGAAACUCUGAAAUCCAUGACGAAGUUAUGAAGUUCUCGAAAGUUAAAACUUGCAUCGCGCUGAAUACAGAGAUUCCGUGCUAAAUAACAUGGAGUUUCUAGCUCGUGUAAGCAUGUCGUGAUUAACAAUUACAAGACCCUUGCAUGCUCGUGUAUGACUGUAUCUCUUAUUGUCGUGUUAUUAUAUGCGAGCGUGUGUUACGUAAAAUUAUGGACGUCGUCAGGGAUAUCCUUCACUCUGGAAACUCAAUUGUUCGAACCAUUAACCCUCGUCUGGUAGACUAAAGCCAAAGUGCACUAUUUUUUUUUUAAAUACUGUAUUUAAGUUAUCGUAGAAAUCUAAUUUAUCGUUUAUUGGAAGGGUUUUGCAUUAAUCGUUAAAGUAACAAGGUUCAUGAACCUUAGCUAGGUGUAGAAAAAUAUUACUAAUUACACAGGGUGUGCAUGUCUUUUGCAAAUCGUUGUUUCAUGAAAAAUAGAAUGUUUCUGUAUCGAUCAAGAUUAUGCAGUUCGUGCAUUCUGAUAUGUAGACUUUGAUUAUACAGGAAGUAUAGGUGCAACGCGUGACGUAAGUACUUGCUAUCACCGUUCCGGGUCUAGAUAUCGCUGAUUGUGCAUCACACUGCCGUUCUAGAGUUCAGUUCAGACCGUUUCUCUUCUUUUUUAUAUUAAAAUGAGAUACCCUGUGUAACGAGUACUCCACCCUACCAGGUGAGGACUUAACCCUCUGUGUUACAGAUUCGUUAUUUACUCGUUCUUUAUUGUAUAUUUAUUAAGUCCUAUCGUUUAAAAUAUUUUUCUUAAACUGCGUUUUCUAUCGGUAAGGUUAUGUCACGUACUAAUUGUUAAUUGCUAAUUAACGAUACCCCGCUAAGAAAUGCUUCUUUUCUCUGUGCGGAUAUAUACUUAUGUUUUUCUUUUUUUUUUUUAUACGAAAUGCUGUCUUCUUUUAACCAGAACGUGUUCUCUAGCAGUGUCCAUGUAUAAAUAGAGUACCUAUAUGAUACUUGGGUUCCCAUUCGAGCCAUCACUCGAACAAUGCAGCGAAUAUUUGAUUCCAAUAUACAUAACAAAACUUCCACCAAGGGGAACACGUACCUUUGAACUAGACUAAAGAUUUUAGUUCCUUAAGGUCACUUAUGUAGCCUGUCUCGAGGACUCGUUAUGUUUUACCGUGCGUUGAUUAUUAUGUACACGUUUAACGUGAAUUUAGAUCAUAAUUUUUUGUAAACAAAUAACGGAAAAGAGUUAUUUAUAUAUGAUUUUUAUCCGGAUAAGAAAUUUGCUCGUCUUUGGGGGAAAAGAUGUAAUGAUAUGGUCCGCGUAGAUAACUCGGUGACCUUGAGUAACUAAAAACUUGGACUCCGUCUGCAGUACAGAAACGAUGAUUCAAAUACACGUCUGUUAUGCUGAUCCCCCGGUGAAACAGAUACGGGAAUCAGAUUUUCAGUCGCUGUCGCUUGAAACAACGCAAAUAAAAUCAAGUGCCGGUACGGUUUCACUAUAUUCAUGAAAUGUAUAAGACUGUAUUUAAUAAAGGAGUCAUUUUUCUUGGUA